UAUGCAAAAGAGAUGAUGAAAUUUUCUUAUUGUGUGUGACAUGAUUUGUUCAAUAGAAUGGCGGAUGAUGAUAAUGAAAUAUAUUUGAUGGUGAAAUUUGGUACUCUAGAUGAUAUGUGUGCAUAUGUAGAAGAAAGAAAUGAUGUGGUUAUGUUUGAGAAGAAUGGUGUUUUCAUAUGGAAUAAACUUGGAGAAGGAAAUUGUUUGAUAUUGUUCAUGUAUUCAUAGAUGUUUGUGAAAUUUUUUUGUAGGAUGGCGGAUGGUGAUGGACCUUGGUAUGACGGAUUAAUCGAUGAGUGGGAUAAGGAGCAUCGUGCUCGUGCCAUUGAAAAUGGACAGGUUGUAGUUGCUAUGCGCAUGAGGGGUCAUUCCGCUGAUGACUUUGAUUACGACCCGCGGUAUGAGCCUUACAUUCGGAGAUUGGGUCUUCUCCCAUUCGUGUUGCAGUUUAAGCGACGCGCUCCGCCGGUGAACCACGCGGCGCUGACCGCACUUGUGGAUCGUUGGAGGCCGGAGACUCACUCCUUCCACCUUCCAUGUGGGGAGAUGACGAUGACCCUACAGGACAUGGCUAUGAUAAGCGGCCUUCCUAUCAAUGGACAAGCUGUUACCGGUCGUGUCAGCGUGGGUAAUUGGCGAGAACGGACUGCCGAUUUAAUUGGCGUUCAGCCCGAGGGCCCUCAGGAAGGCAAGGCCGAUACAGCGAAAGUGAGGCAUUCUUGGCUAAAACUGGUCAGAGGAAACACCAACCCGUGCCCUCAGGAUGCCAAUGACGUGGUUGUGCAGCAGUACGCGCAGGCCUAUCUUUGGUAUGUACUAACCAAGGUAGUCUUCUCAGAUGCAACCGGGAACUCAGCCCUCUGGAUGUUCUUGGAGCCACUUAAUAACUGGGAUACCCAGUAUAGCUGGGGUUCGGCCGCACUAGCAUACUUGUAUCGUCAGCUUGACUUGGCGUGUCGGAGGAAGGGAGGUUAUGAGAAGUUCGAUGAGAUAAAAUUUAGUCAAGAAUGA